AUGAACUUGCGUGAAUGGGGUACCAACGAUCCUGACUUCAGAGAUGCUCUAGCUCCUGAAGACAAGUCUAGCUGUGAUGUAAUGAAGGUACUGGGUAUGUCAUGGGAUACCAAUCGCGAUACUCUGUCGACGGCAAAGUCAACCACAAACCAGUACUCCGUCAUUACCAAAAGAGAUGUCCUCCGCAGCAUAGCCCAAUUCUAUGAUCCGAUGGGCCUGUUCUCCCCGGUCAUCAUGCGUGCGAAGAUCCUAGUACAGAGUAUAUGGAAGCUACAUGUAGACUGGGACUCUCCGCUGCCUGACGCUCUCGUUCAUGAAUGGAAGGAUAUCCUGUCCGAUCUGUCCUGCGCAAGUGACGUUGCCAUUCCUCGCUUCAUUGGACCAAAAAUCCACGUCGACAAGGUCACCUAUGAACUCCACGUCUUCUGUGAUGCGUCUCAAGAUGGUUACGGUGCAGCCGCGUACCUGUGUGUGAGACAAGUUGACGGUGCCUAUUCGUCAGUUGACCUGAUCUACAGCCGAACACGAGUCUCGCCCAUCAAGGCAACAAGUAUACCACGUCUAGAGCUCCUAGCAGCACUCAUCGGCGCCAGGAUCAUCAAAUUUCUGAAGAAAGAGCUUCUGGGCGCAGUUCACAUCUCAGCUACCCACCUGUGGUCUGACUCACAGUGCGUGCUUGGCUGGAUUAAGAAUACUGAGAAAUCGUACCCUGUCUUCAUCGCCAAUCGGUUGAAGGAAAUCCGUGCAGACCAGAGUGUGUGCUUCAACUAUAUCCGUACAGCCGACAACCCAGCCGACCUACCAUCCCGUGGAGCAUCGCUAGCCACACUGACAGACAGUACAGCUUGGUGGUGUGGUCCAGAAUGGCUUCGAGAUCCUCCUGUACACUGGCCCAAAGACGUCAUCGAUGCUCCUUCCACAGUACUAUUCGCGGCGGAGGGUCCUGCGGAAACCGAGACCAGCAGCAAGCCAUCACCGCUGAGUAUAGAUGAGAGCAAGUAUACUUCGUUUGAGAAGCUAGCCCGUGUAACAGCAUACGGUAUCAAGUUUGUCAAGAGAUGCCGUCAACAGACCACAUGCGGCACUCAUUUGUCUGCUGCUGAAAUCGACAACGCCAAACAUCUGUGGAUUCAACAUGUUCAAGCAACACACUAUACACCGGAGAUUGAGGCUAUCAAAAGCAACGCCAAGAACAAGCUGGUCCAAAACCAACCUUGCGCUCUUUCUAGAUGA